AUGACUUUUGAUUCAUUAGAAGAAGGGGUGAAAUUCUAUGAAACAUAUGCUAAGGCUUGUGGUUUUGACAUUAGAUUAGGGACUAAGAAAGUCUAUAAAGGUGUUGUUACAUCUAAAUACUAUUUGUGUAAUAAACAAGGGAUGAGGGAAGAGAAAUUAGGUGCAUUGAGAAGAAGGCUUGUAACUCGUGAAGAUUGUUAUGCUAAAAUUGUUUUUCAAAGGACUAAAGAGGGUAAAUAUUGGGUUUAUAAGUUUAUUGAAGCCCAUAGCCACAUUCUUGCCUCACCUAUUUCUAGGCAACAUUUAAAAGGGUCAUGUAGUUUAAACAGUGGACAAAAAAGAUACAUUAUGAACAAUUUGAACUUGAAUAAAGGUCCAACAAGUUCAUAUAGGAUGUGGAAAGAACAAGUAGGAAGUUAUUCAAAAGUAGGUGCUUCACUUGAUAACUUUAAAAACUUUUAUAGGGAUUUAAAGUGUUUUAUUAAUGAAUCUGAUGGGCAAAUGUUUGUGGAAAUGUUUGUUAAGAAGAAAGAAAUUUCACCUAGUUUUUGUUUUGAUUUUGAGGUUGAUGAUACUAAAUCUCUAUCAAAGGCAAUUUGGGCAGAUGGUAUUAGUAGGAGAAACUAUUCAUUUUUUGGUGAUUCGAUAUCUUUGGAUGCUACUUAUGGUACUAACAAGUAUAAUCAAAUUUUUGUUCCUUUCACGGGUGUUGACCAUCACAAAAAAUGUGUUACUUUUGCUGUCGGUCUUAUUAGUAGGGAAGAUGUAUGUUCUUAUACUUGGUUAUUUGAAUCUUUUUUGAGGGCAAUGGAUGAAAAACAACCAGAUUCCAUUAUAACAGACCAAGAUCCAGCCAUAAAAAUUGCUCUACCCAAUGUUUUUGACAAGUCUAUUCAUAAAUUCUGUUGUUGGCAUAUAAUGAAGAAACUAACUGAUAAAGUUUCUAUUGAGUUACGUAAUGAUGAUGAGUUUUUAAGAAGAAUUAAUAGACUUGUAUAUAAUAGGGAUAAUGAGCCCCAUGAAUUUGAAGAUCAGUGGUAA